GCUCAACCUCCAGCUUGCGCUUUCGUAGUCCGCACGAGUUUCGUGCAGAAAAUUUGCUUUUUGUCAUUAAUUUCGCAAGAGUGACUGCAUUUUGGGUUUCAGUUAAAAACCAUGUGCUCCUUAGUCGCGAAUUACGACUCGGACGAAGAGCAGCAGCAAGCGGCGGCACAAAAACCGGCCAUUGAGGGGAAAAGUCGACUGAUUGAAAAUUCAGCAGAGUUUGGCUGGAGUCUGAUGCAGGCUAAUAUGCAGCGAGACAUGGAAAUCAGUGACGAGGAGGCACAGAAAGAGGAAGAAAUGAUUCCUGCCAAGCAACUGAGGCGAAAAAAGCGCAUCGAUUUUGUUUCUUCGACAUCCAACAGAUUCCCUCCAAAUUUAGGGCCUCAAGUGAUUGAAUCCAAUGAUCAGAAGACUGAAACGUCUGUCGUAGUUGACAAAAAACUGAAAUUAUUCUCUAGCUUGGAAUUGGUUUCACUUCCACCUGUAGACUAUCCCAGUGGAACUACUAUUUUACUCAAAGGAGUUGAUGAAGAUGUGGAUUUAAAAAUAAAUCUCAAGCUGAAAGAGUGUUUUUGUGUGAUUUCAUCUGAUAUCAGAAAUAGCUGUGAAGAUUUGGAAAGAGCUGCUUCUUCCCUAUCAAAACUUCAGGCGCUCAGAGAAGCCUGGGAAACACUAGCAUUGGAUGGUAUAUAUUUAAGAUCUCGGCUUGAUAAGAUUUUAGAAAUGUUUCAACCUUCAAAUGUGCCAAACAGGGAAGAAUCAACAAAUAAACUUCCACCUCCGCAAUCUGGCUCGUUUCCAAUGCCCCCGACGCAACCUUUUUUGGUUGUUCCGCCACCUCCACCACCUCCUGAGGAAGAGUAUCCGUCAGUUCCACCACCGCCUCCUCCUCCACCAGAGUCUGAUUUGGGAGACGCACUCGACUCUUUUUACUCCGAGAUGGCUGGCAUUGAAGCAGCUCUAGAUCAGAAAAAAGAAGAAAGCAAUCCCGAUAGCAAAGCACCAGAGCCAGAACCUGAACCUGUCAAAGAAGAACUUCCAGAACCGGUUGAAAUGGUCAACAAAAACAGAAAAGGAAGGAUUAGCACAUCCGUCGGCAUGAAAAGAAAAAACGUCUCGUCGUUAAUGGAAAAGUGGAAUAAAGUAAAAAAAGAGUGGAGUGACUAAAUAAAAAGAGCUGUGUUGAUACGGAAUAAAAUUUCAAAAAAAAAU